AUGUUCUCCUAUACCAUGGAAUNAGCACUUCAGGUUAUUCAGCAGUCCACUGGUUUAGAUCUGGGAUGGCAAGAUGAUCCAUGUUCUCCUAUACCAUGGAAUAACAUCAACUGCGAAGGAAGUUUGGUUACUUCACUGGAACUUUCUAACAUCAAUUUGAGGUCAAUCAGCCCUACAUUUGGUGAUUUGUUAGAUCUUAAAACACUAGAUUUGCAUAAUACAUCACUUGCUGGAGAGAUUCAGAACUUGGGUGGCCUGCAGCGCCUUGAAAAACUGAACCUGAGUUUCAAUCUGCUGACAUCCUUUGGUUCUGAAUUGGAAGACUUGAUUAAUCUUCAAAUUUUGGACAUGCACAAUAAUAGAUUACAGGGAAUGGUUCCUGAUAGCUUGGGAGAGUUGAAGGACCUUCACUUACUGAAUCUGGAACACAAUAAAUUACAAGGCCCCCUCCCGCAGUCUUUAAACAGAGAAAGUUUGGAAGUUAGAACAUCGGGGAAUUUAUGCCUUUCCUUCUCCACAUUGACAUGCAAUGAGUUUUCAAUAAAUCCUUCAAUCGAGACACCACAAGUCACUGUAUUUACCAAAAGCAAGCAUAAGAAGGGCCAAAAUCACUUGGCAGUUAUACUUGGUGCAGUUGGAGGAGUCGCACUUGCUCUUUUUGUUAUUUCUUUUUCAGUAUUCUUGUACACGAGGCGAAAGAAAACUGAAGCGACAUACACAGCAAGAUCAGUGUCAGAGAUGCGGAACUGGAAUGCAGCAAAAGUCUUCUCCUACAAAGAAAUCAAAGUGGCUACAAACAACUUUAAGGAGGUUAUAGGCCGUGGUAGUUUUGGAUCUGUUUACCUUGGAAAACUUCCAGAUGGAAAACUAGUUGCUGUGAAAGUGCGGUUCGAUAAAACUCAACUUGGGGUUGAUUCUUUUUUCAAUGAGGUGUCUCUUUUGUCCCAAGUUCGUCAUCAGAAUCUUGUAUCUCUAGAAGGCUUUUGUCACGAAGCAAAGCAGCAGAUACUAGUUUAUGAAUACUUGCCUGGUGGAUCGUUGGCUGAUAACCUUUAUGGUUCAAAUAGUAAAAGAAUAACAUUAAGUUGGGUCCGCAGACUGAAAAUUGCUGUUGAUGCUGCAAAAGGGUUGGACUACUUACACUAUGGGAGUGAGCCACGAGUCAUCCACCGGGAUGUGAAGUCCAGCAACAUACUUUUGGACACAGAGAUGAAUGCAAAGGUCUGUGACUUUGGCCUCUCUAAACAAAUAACCCAAGCUGAUGCAACUCAUGUGACUACUGUUGUCAAGGGCACUGCUGGCUAUCUUGAUCCUGAAUAUUAUUCCACCCAACAAUUGACAGAAAAAAGUGAUGUAUACAGUUUUGGGGUUGUUCUUUUGGAGCUCAUUUGUGGUCGAGAACCAUUAAGUCGCUCUGGAACUCCAGACUCCUUUAAUUUGGUUCUAUGGGCCAAGCCAUACUUGCAGGCAGGAGCAUUUGAGAUAGUGGAUGAGAGCUUGAAGGGAAGCUUUGAUGUCGAGAGCAUGAGAAGGGCAGCUUUGAUUGCUUCAAGGUCUGUAGAGAGGGAUGCAUCGCGAAGGCCUAACAUUGCUGCAGUAUUGGCAGAGCUGAAAGAAUCCUACAGCAUUCAGCUCUCAUAUCUUGCUUGUGGUGGACUUCUAAAUUGA